AUGGCUGGUUUGGCGAAGUACGUUCCGGGCGCCUUGCAGCUGCUCGGCAAGUCGGGCGGCGUCAGCCCCGGCUCCCUCGCCGGGAAGACGGUGUUCUUUUACUUCUCCGCCUCGUGGUGCCCGCCCUGCCGCGGCUUCACCCCGGUGCUGGCGGAGUUCUACAAUAAAUUCCACGAGUCGAAGAACUUCGAGGUCGUCCUCGUCAGCUGGGACGAGGAGGAGGACGGCUUCACCGAGUACUACGCCAAGAUGCCGUGGCUCGCGAUCCCCUUCGCGAACCGCGACGAGAUCGAGUCGCUCCGCAAGACGUUCAACGUCGAGGCAAUCCCCACGCUCAUCGCCGUCAACGCCGACACCGGCGCCGUCGUCUCCACCAAGGGGCGCGAGCGGCUGGUGAGCGACCAGGAGGGCAAGAACUUCCCGUGGACGGACUGA